AUGGAAUCUUUAUCUUUACCAUUAUUUGCACAAACAGGAAGAGAUGUAACAAUUAAAGAUAUAUCAUUUGAUUCAACAAAUCAAUUAUCAUUCUUGUAUGAUAUUGAUAGUUUAGAAGAAAGCAAUCCAAACAAGAGUUGGUUCAUUCACAAUGACAUUGUAAAACAAAGAUUUACACUCUUUACUAUAGAUCAAUCAAUAGAAUCAACAGAUCAAUCAAUAGAUUAUAGUCAAUCAAUUACAAAUGAAUCAAUCAAUGAUAAAGAUACUUUAUUUACAAUAAUCAAUACAGAUAUUGAUCAAUAUUAUUAUAAUAUAUUAAAAUUAAAUGAAAAAAAAUUAAAUUUAAAAAAGACUAUUGGAUUUAAAUGUAUUGAUGGAGCAAAAAGAUCAACAUUUAUAUUAAAUUGUAAUUAUAUAACAAUGAUUCAACAAAUUGAAAGAGAAAUUCAAGUAUCUCUUUAUUCUUUGGAAAGUAAUAAUGAUAAAAUGUUGGCUAUUUGUAGAUUUACAAGAAUAUUAAAUGAAGAAUAUUUAUUGGUCUAUCCUCAUUUAAAAUCAAAUCAACUGAUUCUACAUACUUAUUUGCGAGGUAGAAAUUUGAUUUCCAUUCGACCAUUAAAAGAUAAUAAUAAUAAUAAUAAUAAUAAUAAUAAUAAUAAUAAUAAUAAUAAUAAUAAUGAUGAUGAAUCAUUACCAUUGGCAAAUGAAAUUGGACAAGUAUUUCCAUUUUCUUGCAAAGUCUAUCAAGUAUUGGUUGAUGAUGAGUAUUUAAUCAUUUAUACUGAAAAUUCAAUUAUCGUUCAAUCUCUCGGUUCACAAGACAAGUGGUCACUUGAUUUCUCUCUAGAUCCAAUAAAGAUUAAAGGAUUUGUAAAGAGAUUAGGAUCUAUUCUAGUUCAUUAUGUCAUUAAUCAAGAAGAGGAUGAAAACACAGUAGUUGCAAUGAUGGAUUUCUAUUGUAUCAAAACUGGUACCUAUCUAAAGACAUCAAUCGAUCAAAUUAAAUCAAAUGAUGAUAUUCCAAUUUCUAUAGAUUCAAAUUUAAUUGGUAAUCAACUUUAUUUAUAUUAUCCUACAUCUAAAAGAUUCCUUUUAAUUAAUUAUAAAUAA